AUGCCGUCGAUUGACGCCUCCCCGAGCGACGCCACCGGUACCAGUCGACUCCUCGUCCUCGACAACGUCGACCUGCACCUCGCCAACCCCUCGCUGGAGUCCCAGCUCGCCGCCGACCCCCCACCGUCGCCGCCAGUAGGGUUGGCUCUCAUCGACGGAGAUGACGCGCCUCAACCGUCGAUCUCCGUUCUAAUCCAGCGGCUCUCUUCAAAUCAUAUCGUUUCGGCCACCAUCUUCCUCAGUCCUCUCACGCACGCAGCAGCAGCAACACACGCCACCGCCUGGCCUGCCCCAGGCCCACCUCCGCGCGCCAGCCACGCACGCCCCCCGCUCGCCGCCCGCCCUGCCUCGAUCGCCACCACGCAUGCUACCCCUCCGCUCAGCAACCGCGCGCCACGCUCGCCGCCCCUGGCCCCGCUCAUCCUCUCCCCGCGCGAGCCCAACACCGCCGGCCCACGCAAGCCGCUCGCAGCGGUCCUCCCUCCGCUCACCUCGCCAACAUCUGCCGCGCGCCACAAGCGCUCCCGUCGCGCUCGCCCACCAAUGCCGGCCGAUAGCAGCAAGCCUGCCCUGCCCGCAUCCGCACGAGCCGCACCACCCGCGCGCUGCGCUACCCGCCCCAGCCCCUGGCCAAUCCCAGCAUCGCGCGCCAAUCAAGCCGGCAGCAGCUCCACGGCCGUGUUCGGUCCCCGCCCGAUCAGCUCCGCUUCGAUUUCGCCCGAAAUCCGCGCAGGAACUUCAGCCCAACUUCAGCUCUACUUCCGAAAACGCGUUUUUCCCAUGCAGUAA